AUGGAUGCCUAUUCUGGUUAUAACCAGAUCCAAAUGCACCCAUCCGACCAAAAUAAGACGGCCUUUAUUACUGAAUAUGGAAACUAUUGUUAUAAAGUCAUGCCAUUUGGCCUUAAGAAUGCAGGUGCGACAUAUCAGCGUCUGAUGGACAAAAUCUUCACCAAACAACUCGGCAGGAACAUCGAAGUCUACGUAGACGAUAUGGUCGCCAAGACAAAGAUCGGCAAUAACCACCUUGACGACCUCACAGAAAUCUUCGGACAGCUAAGAAAAUACAACAUGCGGUUAAAUCAUGAAAAGUGCGCAUUUGGGGUUCAAAGUGGUAAAUUCCUCGGCUUCAUGCUCACUAGCCGAGGUAUUGAAGCAAAUCCUGAAAAAUGCCGAGCUAUUGUAAACAUGACAAGCCCACAAACCAUCAAGGAAGUCCAGCGGUUAACAGGGAGACUUGCUACACUUUCUAGAUUCUUACCUUGCCUAGCUUAUAAAUCUUCAUGUUUUUUCCAAACUUUAAAAACAAAAAAAGCUUUCCAAUGGACUGAUGAAUGUGAACAGGCAUUUACAACUUUAAAAGAAACUCUUUCAAAACCACCAAUUUUACACACACCCCUACAAGGGGAGCCACGAUUCUUAUAUUUGUCUGUCACUAACUGGGCUAUAAGCUCUGCUCUUGUCGCAAAAAGGGAGAAGAAACAGUUCCCAAUCUACUUCACCAGCAAGACCUUACAGAACGCCGAGCUUCGUUACCCGAGCAUUGAGAAGCUGGCACUCGCGCUUGUCUUCUCAGCCAGAAGACUCCGACCAUACUUUCAGAGCCAUGAAAUCCAUGUUAGAACAGAUCAACCUUUGCGACAAGUGCUCCAGAAGCCUGAACUGGCUGGCCGACUAGUCAAAUGGUCGGUGGAACUAUCGGAAUUCGAUAUCAAGUACGAAGGCCGAGCAUCCAUCAAAUCACAGUUUUUGGCCGACUUUAUCGCCGAGUUCUCAGUACCGAAUAUAACUGAAGAUUACAUCGAAUGGUCUUUAUACGUCGACGGGUCCUCUAACCCACACGGGUGUGGCGCAGGUAUUAUACUUGAUGAUGGCCACGGCAACGUCAUCGAACAUUCCCUCAACUUCUCAUUUAAGGCGAGCAACAAUCAAAGUGAGUACGAGGAAUUAAUUGCCGGCCUAAGACUCGCUGCCGACCUUAACAUCACUGAACUUAAGGUAUACUGCGACUCCUUACUUGUCGUCCAACAUGUAAACAACCUAUACCAAGUAAAGGACCCCUUGCUCUCUAAAUACCUGGAUGUCGUACACAAUUUACUUUCAAAAUUUACCAAAUAUGAAAUACAGCACAUACCAAGGGAGAGCAAUGGCCGAGCUGACAUUCUGUCUAAGCUCGCCAGUACUCAACCAAAAAGGUCGUCGCUUUAUCAGUCAAAACUACUCAAUCCAAGCGUUGAACUAACAUAUGUCUUAAGUGUAACACAGGAAACAGAUUGGAGCUCCCCAUUCAUACAAUAUCUCCAGACAGGGGUCUUUCCAGGCGACGUCAAAAAUGCUCGGCAUUUCCGCCGACAAGCCUCCUUUUAUACAAUUUUUAAUAAUUGCCUAUAUAGACGAGGAUUUUCCCAUCCAUUACUCAAAUGUCUUUGCAGAUCAGAAGCCGAGCUUGCACUUGCUGAAGCACAUGAAGGGAUCUGUGGUACACACCUCGGAGCCCGAAGUCUGUAUUCGAAAAUCCUCAGAGCUGGAUUAUAUUGGCCAACAAUACGACAGGAUUGCCAAGCAAAAGUUAAAAGCUGUAACAGCUGCCAAAAACACAGUUCGAUUACACAUCUCCCGGCUGAACCCCUACACUGCUCUGAGAUUAGUUGGCCGUUCAACCAAUGGGGCAUAGAUAUCCUCGGACUUUUCCCCACAGCAGCAGGUCAGGUUAAAUUCCUUGUGGUAGCAAUUGAUUAUUUCUCCAAAUGGAUAGAGGCACAACCUCUAGCCAAAAUUACAUCACAACAAAUGCUUUCUUUUGUUUGGAAAUAUAUUAUUUGUCGAUUCGGCAUACCUCGGCACAUUAUCACCGAUAAUGGUCGCCAGUUUGCCGAUAAAAAAUUUACAUCUUUCUUGCAGAACUUGAAAAUCAAACACCAUUUCUCAUCAGUAGAGCACCCACAAACAAACGGGCUAGCUGAAGCCGCAAAUAAAGUAAUAUUACAUGCUCUAAGAAAGAAGCUGGACGAUGCAAAAAGCCUCUGGGCCGAGCUUAUCCCAGAAAUCCUAUGGGGAUACAAUACAACAAUACACUCAACCACAAAGGAGACACCUUUCCGCUUAGUUUACGGCUCAGACGCAAUGAUACCCGUGGAGAUCUCUCAAUCCUCACUACGCACAGAGUUGGCUGAUCAAACUACACAAGACAUGGCCAGGCAAACCGAACUUGAUCUUAUUGAAGAACUAAGGUCGUCCACAGCAAUCAAACAUUUAGCCAUGCAGCAGCACAUUGCCCGAAGAUAUAACAAACAAACUCAACCAAGGUCUUUCCAAGUCCACGACCUCGUGCUCCAAAAAACAGAACAAGCUAGGAAACCACCAGCACAUGGCAAACUAGCAGCUAAUUGGGAAGGCCUUUACCGCGUCAUAGAAGUAAUCGGCAAUGGAGCUUAUCGACUACAAACACUAGAGGGUAAAGAUCUCCCUAGCACUUGA